CACUGCGGUCCAUGUGGGCUCCCGCCGUCAGCCGGCCCAGGUGAGCCCCGCGCGAACCGCCGCUCCGCCAGGCCCUGCCGCCCGCGGGGCCGCCGCCGCGCCGCUGCCGCCGCCGCGCCGCUGCCGCUGCCGCCCCUCGCGGGCUCCCCGUUGCCAUGGGCAAGAGCAGGACGAAGCGCUUCAAGAGACCGCAGUUCUCCCCCGCCGGCGACUGUCAGGCCGAGUUGGCGGCGGCGGCGAACGGGACCGAGCUGGAGGAGGACGACGGGCCGGCGGCGGAGCUGCUGGAAAAGCUCCAGCACCCGAGCGCCGAGGUCCGCGAGUGCGCGUGCGCGGGGCUGGCGCGGCUGGUGCAGCAGCGGCCGGCGCUGCGGGGCCUGGCGCGCGGGGGCGCCGUGCGCCGCCUCGGGCCGCUGCUGCUCGACCCCAGCCUGGCGGUGAGGGAGACGGCGGCCGGCGCGCUCAGGAACCUCAGUGCCUGCGGAGGGUUCGAGGUCUGCGAUGACAUGGUGGCGAAGGACAUCAUGACGCCCCUGGUCCCGCUGCUCCGGGAGUGUAGCGCUGGACUGGAUUCAAACGAGGCGCCUCCCCGGGAAGAGAAGGAGCAGAGCAGAAGUUCUGUUGAGAACAUAGCCAACGAGGCGGUGAACGUGCUGUGGAACAUCUGUGAGUGCAGCAGCAGAGCGGUGUCUAUAUUCACCAGAGAAGGCUGUCUGGAGAGCGUCCUGAAGUGCUUAAGCAGGUUCCCCACCAACGUGGACCUGGCCGUCUCAGCAGCGUACUGUUUGCAGACGGUAACUGAGGAUAACCCAGAGCUGCUGAGGGCCUUCGGUGCCCCCGCACUGCAGGUGCUGGAAGCCGCCAUGCGGGCUCCUGCCAGUUCCAUGGCGUACAUCCUGUUGAAGACACUGGUGGCAGGCACCGUUUGGAACCUGAAGGACGUUAUUCCGUCCAAGAGUCAAGCAGAGAUCAUAAGCGCCAUCCUCAGGAUCUUAUCGGAGGUUCUGGACAUGGACGCCGGCGCGGUGGUCAUUCAGAUGAAGGAGGCCGAGACACAGAGGCUGAGAGCCGCCGCGGAGACCGAGGAAAGGUCGGAGAACGCGAACGGCGUGGGGCUGACCGAGGACGACGAGAUGGAGGAGACUCCUCCCAGGAGGAGGGUCCGGAGGAAAACCAUGAUCUCGGAUUUGCUUCCGCCCACUAACGAGGAGCUGAGAGAGGCCACGGCGCUGCUGACGGCGCAGCAGACGGCGCUGGAGAUCAUCGUCAACGUGUGCUGCAGCGAAGAUCCCUCCGACGACGAGUGGGAGGAAGAGCUUUCCAGCAGCGACGAGAGCGAGGCGUUCAUGGAGAGUUCCCUCGGCGAUGGUGGGGGGCAGCUCCUGUCUCCCCUCUGCCUCUCCCACGAGACGCACGCCGCCCUCACCAACCUCCACAUCCCCGGGAAGGUGUUUGAGAAAACUGCCUUUCCCAGCAGCGCUGCGGUGGACGUGUGUUCCAGGAGCCCCACGUGGAAGCCUCUGGUUAGAAAGAUGAACACGGUGCAGUGGCGGGCCCUCGUGUGUCUGCAGAGCCUCGUGUCCCUGCUGGAGGUGGAGCACCUGGGCGGGGCGCCGGCCCUGCAGGCCCUGGCGCAGCACCUGUCCACCCUGCUCUUCUCCCAGCCAGACCUCGCCGAGCACUCGGACUUCCUGGAGGCCAUCAGCGGCGCCCUGAGGGCCCUCCUGCAGACCAUGGCCGCCAAGAACAUCGCUCAGUGCAUGACGCCCGACCAGCUGAUGACGCUGUGCAGAGCCGGCAUCCAGAGCGGCAGCGUUGGCGUGAGGGUGAACGUGGUCAGCAUUUUGGGGAUCACGGGCAGCGUCCUCGCCAAAGAAGAUGGUGCACUUGAGACGCUCAAGACCAUCGGGUGCUUCCUGCUGGAGGUGGCCACCAAGGACCCCUCGCUGGUGGUGGUGGGAGAGGCCCUGGACGCCCUCUUCGACGUGUUCGCCGACGGCAGCGAAGCUGAGAGGGCCUCGGUGCAGAUCCGUUUGUUGUCUGCCCUGAAGGAGUUCCAGCCGGUCUUCAAGAUGAAGAUCCGAAAAGAAGGGAAAGGCAGGUACAGCCCAGACCAGCUGUGCGUCCUCGACAACGUGAAGACGAACUUGAGGAGGUUUGUCGCUUACCAGGAGACGGUUGAGAAGAGACUGGCUGCUUGACCCGCUGAGAGAGAGCAGUCCUUGUCCCCACGUGUCCAGGUCUCCCUGGUGGGGCCUGUUUCCAAAAGCCGCUGUCAGUGUCUGUGUUCCAUGUGUGACCGUGAGGUUCUCAGGACCUCGGGGCCUGUCAGGGGCGCGUCCUUCCCGGAGCUCUGGGAUCAGCGUCUCACGCUCUCCGCCUCAGGCACGGACACGGAGGCGGGGAGCACCGAGGACUCAGGUGGUGCUCGGUGAGCAGAGUAGAAACUUGACUCAAUUUUGAAAAAAUACAGGAAAACAAGCAUUGCCUGGAUGCUCUUUUAAGUCUAUCAUUUUAUAUUGGCUGCAUUUUUAACUUAAAGACAAGCUUUAUAAAAGAUUUUUGGUAUGAAGUAUAUCAAUUAUGUCUGCCUUUUGUUAAGUGAAUGAAUUGAAUUUGUAUUCCACUAUUCUGUAGGAUGUACAGAAGGGCUAACGAGGUCAUUAUCACCCUCUGUGUAAACAGGUCAGCUCUGCGUAUUGCUUUGUAACUCUUUAAUUUGAUAUGUCAUCAGAACUGGAGGGAAAUAUUUUUAAAUAAGUAAAUUUUUAAUAA